CUUUCCUGCGUGACGUCAUGGCGCACGGAUGAAAACAGUCGCAUGAUACUAUUUAUUUCAAAGACAGAUUGCGUUUACAAGACUGACAGAUAUAUUGGUCAUUUCAUGAGCACAUAUCAUCUCUAGUGCGUGCACAAGACCGAUGGCGUUCUCAGAGUGGCGUCUGUCUCUCAAGCUGCUGGACCAGCCUUCUCUUCCCAAGUCCGUGCUGCAGUUCCCAGAGACCGAGCCUGGAGAUGUUCCUCCCGGAGAGUAUCGGGUCUCCACUCUCAAGCAGCUGGUAUCGGCUCAGAUCCCAGAUGCCAUACCAGAUCCUGAGCUCAUAGAAUUAGUGUACUGUGGCAGAAAGUUAAAGGAUGACUUGACUCUGGAGUCCUAUGGGAUUCAGUCGGGAUCCACUGUGCACAUCCUGAGAAAGUCUUGGCCUGAGCCUGAGAUCCAUCCCGAGCCAGUGGACAAGGUUGCAGCUGCGAGGGAGUUUCGUGUCUUGCAGGCAGCUCUUCACACCAGCACUGCAUACAGAGACUCGGUGUUCAAGAUGCUGAACAACAAGGAAUCCCUCGACCAGAUCAUCAUAGCAACACCUGGGCUGAGCAGCGAUCCUGUGGCUCUAGGGGUUCUUCAAGACAAAGACCUCUUCAUACAAUUCACAGACCCAAACAUGCUUGACACAUUGGCCAAUUCCCACCCGGCACUGGUAAAUGCCAUCAUCCUGGUGCUGCACUCGGUGGCUGGCAGCGUGCCGCCCCAACAGAGCGCCAGCUCCUCCAGAAACGUGUCUUCUAGCUCUUACAGCGACAUGCCAGGAGGUUUCCUCUUUGAAGGCAUGUCUGAUGAUGAUGAGGACUUCCAGUCGGGGAAUCGCGGUGGGCCGUCCACUCUUGCUAGUGGUUUGGCCGGCAUGAGGCCAGCUUCGCUCGGUUAUAACGGCGCCGUGGGCCCCAGACCCAUCACUCAAAGUGAACUGGCCACCGCUCUGGCCCUCGCCAGCACCCCUGAGAGCAGCGCUGUUACACCAACUACAGGAAAUCAGGUACAGGACACUUCAGUAGAGAUUCGUCCAUAA